AGUUCCUGUCGCUGGUGCCCGUGAACUUCGCGGAGGAGGCGGGCCUCAAGAUCGGCGACCAGGUGCAAGCCGUCAAGGUCCUGAGCACGAUGGCGGACUCCCCGCUCCUGAGCGACUUUGACUGCAAGUUCACGGUAGUGUCUAUCACCGAGAUUUUGAGGGACAAGCCAUGCAGGAGGUGGAGAGCAAGAUGCGCGGCGACGAGGGGACCUCCCCUCUCUUCCAGGUGGUCGUGGAGUUCUUCAAGCCGUUCGGGGCCGUCGUGCGCACGACCAGCGGUCUGCCGGGCUUCAUCGCCACGGGUGACCUCGGGGACCUCGCGGGGAACACGAGAAUGCUUGGCCAGACCAUCACGGUGGAGGUCCUGCCGAGGUUCACUGACCGCGAGCUGCUCAACAACAUGAACCCGCAGGGCCCUUCCGAGUUCGGGCUGCGCUUUUCGUACAAGAACGCGGCCAGCCGGGAGCUGUCGACGAGCAAAGAGGAGGGCGAGGUUGUGGAGGGAGUCAUCUCCGCGAUCUUCCCCGCCACCCUCGAGCUCAAGG